GUUUGCCCUGGUAUCAGCCUUUCUCACCGCGAAGAUGACCACGGUGGGCUAGCCUGGUGGUAGAGACGAAACGUUAAUGUAUAUAAAUUAGCGGUUUUAUUAGCUUGAUUCGUAAAGUAUUAUCACAGCAGAAGCCGUAUUAGUCAGCCCUUAAGAUGCCUCUUCGGGCCGGCGAGCGGCAUGGCGGUGGCAGGUCUAUAUGCUUCCUUGUUCUGCUUAGCGUCGUGUUGUUUUCAGCCGGAGUUACAGCAACUCAAGAAGAGAAUAAAGUCAUUCACGAGGAGAAGCCAGCGGAGCUUCAGAAGGCAACCACCGGUCAAGCACCCGGCCCGGCGGUGAGUGUGGAUGAACCCAAUAAGGGAAACCUGGGCUUCAUUCAUGCCUUUGUGGCAGCCCUGUCAGUCAUCAUUGUCUCUGAACUGGGAGACAAGACGUUCUUCAUCGCAGCCAUCAUGGCUAUGCGCUACAAUCGCCUCACUGUUUUGGCAGGCGCCAUGUUGGCUCUGGGACUCAUGACGUGUCUGUCAGUCCUGUUUGGUUAUGCCACCACCAUCAUCCCACGGAUCUACACCUACUACAUAUCGUCGGCGCUGUUCGCAAUAUUUGGUGUGAGGAUGCUGAGGGAGGGACUGAGGAUGAGUCCUGAUGAAGGGCAAGAGGAGCUGGAGGAGGUCCAGGCAGAGAUAAAGAAAAAGGAUGAAGAGCUUCAGCGCUAUAAGCUAGCCAACGGCGCACCUGACGUGGAAGCAGGGACAGCAGCAACAUUACCUCAGAGAAGAUGUCACAGUGUGAUUUCACCAAUAUUCAUUCAGGCACUUACCCUCACCUUCCUGGCAGAGUGGGGCGACCGCUCUCAGCUUGCCACUAUUGUGCUGGCUGCAAGAGAGGAUCCUUUUGGAGUAGCAGUUGGGGGAACAUUGGGACACUGUCUGUGCACAGGCCUGGCUGUUAUCGGCGGAAGGAUGGUGGCUCAGAAGAUCUCAGUAAGAACCGUAACGAUCAUCGGUGGAAUCGUUUUCCUCGCCUUUGCGUUCUCUGCCCUCUUUAUCAAGCCUGAUUCUGGAUUCUGAUGAACUGACUCUUGGUUUCAUUUUGUAAAUAUACAACCCAGAACAAGUGGAACAGAGACUGCGCAAAGACUGCGGAUGGCUUGUUUCUAUGUUUGUGUGACUGAAUCAGUGAAAAACGAUUUACUGCUCAUGUCCUGAUGAGCAUUUGUUUUUGUUUAUUUGAUUUAUCUUUGUUUUUUGUCUUUCUUUGCUUUCUUCCAGACGCCGUUCUGUUUUUAGGUGAUCAUUAUAUAUCUCCCCUUUAUGCCUCCUAGAAGUUUACUUGAACUUGCCAGAUGUUCGCCUGGCACAUAGUAACGUUUUAAAUAGCAAAUCACGUUUUACUUCUGUUUGAGCAGUGUGCCAUUAGCAAAUACCGGCCUGGCUCCGGUCUUAAAUCAAGUUCCACCUUACUUGACUACAACGGCUCUAAAACUAAAACCAGAUCACUCACCCACUGCACAGCGCUAAAUCUACUCGCGUCUCAGGAGUAUUUCGUUAAGAGUCUAAACUGCCUGUUGAUGGUUUGUCCUUAUUUCAUGCCGUAUUACCAAAGGCUUUAAAUGUUGUAAGAGAUCACACGAUCACAUGUGGCCUUUAAACCCAGUCACAGUAUUUACUGGUCAUCAUUGUGCGCUCAUAAAUGCGUCUGUGCUUCUGCGUCACACAGCAUACAACCUUGUGUUUGGAAGAAUAGAAUUUCUUAAGUCUGCCCUUUCCUUCUGAAUGAUUUUUAUUUAUUCUAAUACGGAGCACAGAUAUUGAUAUUUUGUCUGGGUUGAUUGGUUUCAUUGAGAAGAAUUUUUUUUUUUUUUUACAUAUUUAGGGAGACUUUGUCAAUAUUUGACAGGGACUAACUUCGGAGAGUGUGCUGAUUGAACUAUUGUAGAAGAACUGCAAAAAUGUUAUACUUGUAAAUAUUGAAUAAAAAGGUCAGUCUCA